AUGCGACCCGGAUCGUUCUCACUGCCGCCAGAUCGCCAACUGCUCAACGACAAUAUCCCCGACCAUCACGACGGCUAUCACCACGGCUCGGAGCACAGGCACGACGAGAAUUGGAGCCAACACCAGGCGCAGAAUGCGGCCUUUUAUGCCCCGGAGAGCAGCAACACCACCACCAAGAUGUACUACGACCAGUACGGCCACCCCCACGAGCACCACGGCCACGACCAAGGCGAGGCCUACGACGACGAGGAGGUCAUGACACCUGCCCCCGACGAUGGCGCUGCCGGUGGCAACGGGAACGUGGAAUCCCAUCCCCAGCCACAGAUCCAGUACACAACCACAUAUUGGGGACAUCCUUACCCACACUCUUACACCACCCAAAGCUAUCAUUACCCUCCCGCACAAGCAGCCCCCGACCAAGAUAUGAGCGACAGUGACGAUGGCGCCGCGGCAACCAAUGGACAUUUUUAUCACGACGACGACCUGAUAGACGACGAGGAAGAUAUGGAGAGGGAGGAAGACGGUGAAGGGUAUGAGGACGAAGACGACGAGGAAGAGGAAGCCAUGCUAAACAACUACCCACACCAAUACGGACACCCUGUGCCACCACACCAUGUGCAACCCGGCGGAAACCACCCGAUACCCUCCCUCAUCCAGUACUUGCAACAAGGAGGUGGAACAGGACCAGCCCCAAUACAAAGCGCAUUCUCGCAAGAACUCGCCGACCAAGCCGCCAACUACUUGGCACAGCAAGCUCCACCGGGCGACGACGAGAUAUCCCUUGACGAGGAGGAAGAAGAGAUGUUGCAAGACCCUUUCCCUCCCGUUCACAUGAGCAAUCCAAACCCCAGCAUCCUGGGGUCCGAAAACUACGGCUUGAUCGACUUCCUGCGCUAUUGGGCAUACGGCAACGUCCUGCAGUCGGGCCAUAAGCUACCGCGGCCCGGCAUCCGCAGAGUCCUGAAGCAGGCCACCAGUGGAGUAGAGCGCGUGUACUACUCUGACCUGCGCGGAGAUGGCUGUGACAUACAAGGUCUGGAUUGGGAUAGUAUGAACACAACGCGUAGUGCCGCCAGGGAGAUCCGUCGAUAUACAUACAAGAACUACGUCAACAGGCCGGGUUCUGAUAUUCACAUUUCGUCAGAGGUCAGCCUUCCCGCCACCGACAGCUUUUUCAGGUUCAGGAGAAUGGACGUUCGCCGGGAUAUCAGCCUUGCCCAUUUCCAGCUUCGGAGCGUGCUUGCUUGUCCCGGUCGGACGCAUGCAUACUAUCCCAGCGUGCAAGGCAUCAACAUUCUCAACACGACAACGAAAAAGACGAGCCUAGCGAUGAAUCUGCGUGCUUUUUCUGGAAUGGCGGCGCCCGCCAUAUCAACCCUUGAUGCCGGCUGCGGUGUCUUGAUGGCCGGUACCUUCAAUGGCGACUACUUUCUGCAGUCGUUGACGGCCGAGGACAAGAAGAGUUACUCGGAGGGACAGAUUUCCAACGACGUCAGCGGGAUUACCAACCACAUCAAGAUAUACAAACCCAGGAGGUCCGACAGUCCUGCUGCUGCCAUUGCAAGCAAUGAUCAGGGCUUCCGCCUCCUGGACCUUCAGACGGAAAAGUAUACCGCCAAAUUCACGUAUCCCUUUGCCCUCAACUGCUCGGCCAUGUCGCCAGACGGCCGACUGAGAGUCGUCGUAGGCGACGACCUGAACGUUUUGAUCACCAAUGCGGAAACGGGCGAGAUCCUACAACAGCUUGGCGGCCACCGCGAUUACGGGUUUGCCUGUGACUGGUCGGACAAUGGCUACCACGUCGCCACCGGUUUCCAGGACAAGACGGUCAAGAUCUGGGACGCCCGCUACUGGCGCAAUGCCAAUGGCGUCAGCGCCCCGGUCUGCACGAUUGCGACGGAGAUGGCCGGCGUCCGAAACCUGCGCUUCUCUCCAUCUGGCAGCGGCCGACCUCUCCUUGCCGCAGCAGAAGAGGCCGACUUCAUCAACCUGAUUGACGCCAAGACGUUCCGCUCCAAGCAGGUCAUUGACGUGUUCGGCGAGAUUGGAGGCGUGGCAUUCACCAAUGACGGACAGGACCUGAACGUUCUCUGCUGCGACGCCCACCGCGGAGGCCUGCUGCAGUUUGAGCGUUGCAGCUUUGGAGUUGACGAGCCUCUCACGGGAGGCGUGCAGCGGCUCCUGAAAAUAGACGACCACUCUUCCACUCAAUGGGAUUUCAUACUACGGCGCCGACCGCCAAUGUACCUGGACGGCCCGGGUGUGUUUUAA